CCAAUUAUUUUGCAGAAUUCUUUUAUAUAUUUUUAUAUUUUCUCAGUGUCUAAAUGACGAACGAGAAAUGGAAAUUCAUACUUCUUGUUACUAUAUCAUGGCGAUUAGACGCUUACAAUGUAUAGAAUGUACCUUUUUACAGUUCUGCAUUCUAAUUAUUUGUUUCAUUUACGGUGAAAUUCUUCAUCCGUAUGUCUCACUGAAAGCAUGGACAUUGCCCGAAAUGAAACCAAAAGAAGAUGAAGUGAGACUUUUACUUCUUGCUGAUCCCCAUGUUGAAGGGUACCAUUCAAGUUUGUACUUUUUCAGUGACAUAUUACAAGCUGAUAGUGAUGAUUAUCUACGCUUCCAUUUUGUAAAAGCUGUUCAGUAUGCUAAUCCAAACGGUGUUGUAUUUCUUGGAGAUCUCCUCGACACAGGGGAGACAGCAUCGGAUUCAGAAUUUAUGCUUGUCGUAUCACGCUUCUAUGAAAUAUUUCUUUCUGAAACGGAUUUAUUUGUUAUUCUCGUGCCUGGAGACAACGAUGUCGGUGGUGAAGGUGUAUCUGUAACAGAAGCAAAGCUGAAUCGUUUCUACACUAAAUUACCGGUCAAAUUAAAGAAGAAUAAGUUUAAAUUUGUCAGUUUUUACUCAGAUAACAUGCAGUCCGAAGCAAAAGCAGAUUUUCAAAAUGAAAAGUCUUCUAGUGAAAUCACUGUGUUUAUCAGUCAUUUUCCAGUUGUCUCUAAAUAUCAUACUUGGUUUCCUAUGAAUUUACUUCAGUCCAAUGCUUCUAUGAGUAUCCAUGGUCAUCUUCACAGAAGUCAAGUAAUUCAUUGGAAAAACACCAAAGAUUCGGAAAAUUCGCAUCCAAAUAUUUCAUCGCUUCAAGCUGAUGACUUCUUCAAACCGAUUACACAACCGAUGCACUUUAAGUUGACCGACAGUAUUCACUAUUUGAAAUCUAGAAGUGAAGUGACAUUUACAGAAACGCUGAAAGCAUACGGUGAGCUGAUAUCCAUUGGUGUACCAUCGUGUACGUAUCGUUCAGGUUUCCCCAACCUAAAUGGCAUUGGUUUACUACAAAUAUAUCGGAAUAAAUCUGUUGUGUAUACUGUACUGCCACUGCAUAAUCGUUACUGGACACUACUCUUGUACACUUUUUUACUUACAACACUCAUAGGAUUACAGUGUAUUUCUUAUAGUGCUUUUCUCUUCAUCAAAUCAAAAUGUUGGCGAGACAUUUACUUCUUGACAGCUUCCGCUUUACUUUUAAUGGUUAUUUAUUAUGAAGUUGCAAAUUUUAUUCAGGUCGGAAGAUUAUUUCAAAACAGUUUCUUUGAAUGAUAAAAAAGAUGAUGAAAAUUGUGUGUAAGCACAUAAUUUAUGCGUGAUGUUAGAAACUUAAAUGACGGUAUCUUCGAUUGACACUAAGAUAUUUAUGUUCGUACUUUAAUGCUCAGAACAAGAUUUUUUAUCAUUUUAUAUUUCCUUCUCUUUUCGUACGCCUUUUAUGAUGUUGGGAUAAUCACUUCUUUACCUUUUUGAUGAGAAAUGUGACGUAGUAGAUAUUUGCAAGCCUUCAUCUAAUAGUAUUCUAUGUAACUUUCUCAGCUCAAAAAUUUUUACAAGCAUUCUUACACAUUCCCUUAGUUCACUUUACAUAUUACAGAGUUCAUUGGCCUUGUUAUAAAUUUGAUUUUAGGUGUGUAGGCAAGAUUACUUAACUGCACAACCUGAAAUGAUUUAACCUAAUCGUAACACAUGUAUGUAAUUAGCAUAUGAUUUAUGAAUGUGUUAACUUUUCGAAUACAUAUAUAUAUAAACA